AUGGAGGUGGUAGAGGAGAGAGAUGCAUUAGCUACAGAGGCUCCUUAUGCACCUGUCACUUACGACAGACCUGUUAUAAAAGAUAAUUUGGAAGAUCACCUCCCAAAACCUUAUAUGCCAAGAGCGUUGCAAGCUCCUGACAGGGACCAUCCAACUGGAACACCAGGCCACAGGCAUGAGGGUUUGAGUGUCCUUCAACAGCAUGUUGCCUUCUUCGACCAAGAUGAUAAUGGCAUUGUUUACCCUUGGGAGACAUUCACGGGGUUACGCUUAAUUGGUUUCAACGUACUUGCCUCUCUUAUCAUGGCCACUGUUAUCAACAUGGCAUUGAGCUAUGCCACUCUCCCUGGGUGGAUACCUUCCCCUUUUUUCCCUAUAUACAUACACAACAUACACAAAGCGAAGCACGGAAGUGACUCCAACGUUUAUGACACCGAAGGAAGGUAUACACCGGCCAAUCUUGAGAACAUGUUUAGCAAAUAUGCACAUACCGUGCCAGACAAGUUGACUCUAGGAGAACUAUGGAACAUGACGGAGGGAAGUCGAGUGGCCUUCGACAUCUUUGGCUGGGUUGCAAGCAAGUUGGAGUGGGGUGUAUUAUACAUGCUUGCAAGGGAUGAGGAGGGAAUGCUGUCAAAGGAAGCAGUGAGGAGAUGUUUUGAUGGUAGUUUGUUUGAGUAUUGUGCCAAAAUGCAAUAUGGUGAUGAAGAUAAAAUGGGCUAA